CGAUUCUUCUUUCACCCAAACUUCUUCUUUUACCCGAACACCACCUGCAGUCUUCCACUCCUCCAUUAACACGCCUAAAAUAACCAGUCUCCAUCUCCAUCGAUUUCAGCUCAGGUUUGCUGCCAUUGAAAAAGGUGAUGUUGAUUUAAACUGGAUCAAUAUCACCACCGCUCUUCAUCUCGAUCAAUCUGGAUUUCAUGCAACUGAAGAUGACGGUUAACCGGUGAUUAUGGUGAUGAUUCGUUGGAUUCUCUCUGUGUUAGAUUAGGGGUGCCUCAUUGGAUCAAAUUCUUUUUUGAGGAUCAGCCUCGUAUUAUUUGUCUGGAUUGUAUGGUGAUUUCCCAUUAUUCCUCUUUAUGCUCACAGGAACAACUGUCUUGCAGCUAAAGUUGAGCUAAGGAAUUUUUGACAAGCUUUGCAACUCAAUUCAAAGUGGCGCCAACCUAGAGAUGAAAAUUAACUAUACCUUCAACAUCUCCACAAAUGAAGUGAUAUGCUUCUCCUCAUGUGCACUCGGGCUACUCCUUCAAUUGUUUAUGAACCACAUAAUUACCCUCAUAGUGAGGCCUGGAGUUCAGGUUAUUCUCAGCGGAAGCUUAAUAGAACAGGCACAAUCGACAUGGAGCAUUAUGAGUUUACUGCCAUGGAUGACAUCACUAAAUUUCAACCAACAGAAAGCCACAAGGAAGAAUUACUUGAUGAAGAUAAAGCCAAUCAUGACUCUGAUACCAGAAUUCUACAACCAGGUUUAGCCCCAAAGGUGUUAUUCUUUUUAGUGUUGAAUGCCUGCAGCUCUCGCAAUCAAAAUUAUAAGGUGGUGGCAUCAUUUUCUACUACAAAAACAGAAGUUUUUGCGGAGACAAAUUGUUGCAGUUCUCUACGAGGUCAGUAAGUGAGGCCAAUUGUAUUCUCACCGCAAUGGAAUGGCGUUGGACUUAAGCUAGGCAGAGCGCGCAACUAUUUCUUAUAGCAAACCUGUUGGUAUCCACGCUCUAUAAUAAUAGUUUUUGCAAGAGCAAACCCCAUUUUAAAUUGCUUAUUUUCUCCAUGUGUGCUACUGUGCUGCUGGACUUUGUUGAACGUAUGGGAUGAAUCCUUAGUUGCAGAGAAGUGAUGUGUUAGAUACAAAUUUGUUUUGAGUAACGUGUAAAAAAUUGCACUUUAUAUAAAAUUAAGCAUCAUAUUAUACAACA